AUGAACAAGCCAUUAUUAAACUCUAUUCCGCCAGAGCUCGUUGCCAAGGUCGCCGACGAUGUGCUCGACGACUUGGACGCAACAACUCCGGACCCCGACGCUCGACAAAAUGGCAUCGUUAGUUUGACUCACAUCUGCGCAAAAUGGAGAGCUCAGCUUCUGAACAGCCGGAAAUACUGGAGCCGCAUUUUCAUCCAAUCGGUAGCGAGCCUGAAGGACCUCGUCACCCGUUCUCGGAGCGCCGUUUUGACCAUCACCGGAUCACUCGACGACAAGGAUGGCGGCGACGACGCCGAAGAACGUCGGAAGGAUAACGAGGAAAAACUCGGUUUGGUCAUGGGCGUCCGCUCGCGGCUGCGAUCUCUCUGCGUAUCGGUAUCAUCAGCAGUCUUGGGUAAUGUUGUUGGCCAGGCCAACGGCCCAUCGUCAGUCCUGGAGGAGCUGGAGAUAAACGUCAACAGUGCUUUGGCUGCAACGAACUUGGCUGCCUUCACCUCCCCCGUCCUACGGCAUUUACGGCUCAGUGGCUUUGACAACCUGAACAACUUCGCGAUGCUUCUGAUCCCAGCCCUAGCAGAACUGCAUAUAAUGGGAAUCAAUGUAGUCACGACGACGUUGAAUCUGCGGCACAGCUUACGUGGUCUGCCAAAUCUCACCUCGCUGAAGCUUAGCCUCCCUCUCGAAUCGCCGCCGAACAACCCUACCAACAUGAUCCAGAGCGGCGUGGUAUCGCUCCUGUCUCUAAAAGAUCUGUACAUGGAGGUUUGGAGGCUCUGUGACGCUGAACUGCUGUGCGACAUGCUCAUGCCGCAACUGAUGUUCGCCCACGUGCAGGUCCACGACUUUGACGAUCUCGAGGGAACCAUAGGGCAUAUGGAUGGUAUCAUCACCGGGAUCGGGCCAACGCAGGUGCUCCGUGGCUGCACCAUGUACAGUCCUAACCCUACCACACUGUACUGCUCCUUCACACCGGAUCCCGGUAGCUCAACAUGGCGAUCGCAGAAGGAAGGCUUAUGCCUGGUUUUCGAUGGAUACGGUUAUGACGAAGAGACACGGAUCCUGGCCUCUCUACGACCGCGCCUGGGACCUCACAUAUCCGCGGUCGAGUAUCUGAGCCUUGAUGAUGGUCGGGCGUACGUGGAGCGCUCCGCGACGGAAUGGCGCGAGUUUUUCGGGCUUCUUCCGGCAGUGACUCACCUUCGAAUCUCCGGGAGGUACACGUCAACGCUUCCUACAGGCAUCUACACUCUGGACAGUACGGACGGAUCCUGGCACCCACUGUUUCCAAAACUGGAGGCGCUGAGGCUGGAAUCAGUGUGGUAUCGAGACGGGUGGAGGCGCAUCUUUGACGUGGUCGACUUCUACGAUCGCUUCCUAAAGCCCUAUCAGAGUCUGGGUUAUCCCAAACAUCUAACAGCACUUACUCUAAUCGGGGGAAUCAACAUCUUCACUGGAGAUGUCACAGUCCUCCGGAAAAUCUUCCCAGCCAUCGAGUGGGACGGUGUGGAGAAGAAGGACACUUCUCAUGAAGAAGUGGAACAGUGGUACGUCCCCGAGGACGACGAUGUCGUAGACAGCGACGAAGAGAAUGCGGGAGAAAGCGAAUAUGGCGCCGAUGAAGAAAACGAUCUUAGCGAAGACGAUGGAGACCGGUGUGAAGGGCUGGGGGAAGAGAACAGUGACGAGGAUGCUGGCGAGGAUGCUUGUGAAGCGCAAGAGCAGGCGAAGGUAGAUGGCGAGAACUGA